GGCCGCGGGCAGGCUUUGAAUUGCUCUUCUUUGAGGUGGGAGCCACAAGCCGCGGCUUCAGUCUGGGCGUCGGGAGACAGCGGUGUAGUCGCCAUGAAUGAGGCAGAGGGGCUGCGGCAGCGCCGGCCCCGGCGGCCUCAGGUCAUCACCGAGGACAGCCAGGCGCAGGAGGCCAAGCAGGGCAGCACUUAUAGCAGUAGAGUUUUCCAGAUGACCUUUAUGAUGCUAGCAGUGUCUCUUACCAUUCCCUUGCUUGGAGCAGUAACUCUGCUAAAUUGCCCCAUUGAUCCUCAGCCUCUCAGUUUCAAAGAGCCUCCCUUCCUCCUUGGAGUACUGCGAUCAAAUGUAAAGUUGCAACAAGCAGAAAAAUUAUUUGAAAACCAGCUUAUUGGUCCAGAGUCCAUAGCAAAUAUUGGUGAUGUUUUGUUUACUGGCACUGCUGAUGGUCGAAUUGUAAAACUUGAAAAUGGAGAAGUAAUCACUAUUGCCAGACUUGGUGAAGGCCCUUGUAAAACCAGAGAAGAUGAACCUGCUUGUGGCAGACCUCUUGGCAUACGAGUUGGGCCUAAUGGUACACUCUUUGUGGCAGAUGCUUACCAAGGGAUAUUUGAAGUGGAUCCCAAUACAGGUAGAGUGAAACAUCUCUUGUCUUCCAAAAUACCCAUUGAAGGAAAGAAAAUGUCAUUUGUGAAUGAUCUGACAGUUACCAAAGAUGGGAGGAAAAUUUAUUUUACGGAUUCUAGCAGUAAAUGGCAAAGACGAGAUUAUCUGCUUUUGGUUAUGGAAGGUACAGAUGAUGGACGAUUGCUAGAAUAUGAUACGGUAACCAGAGAAGUAAAGGUUUUAAUGGAGGGAUUAAGAUUCCCGAAUGGAGUCCAGCUGUCUCCUGCUGAAGAUUUUGUUUUGGUGGUAGAAACUACUAUGGCAAGAAUAAGAAGAUUCUAUGUAUCUGGGCUUAUGAAAGGUGGAGCAGACAUGUUUGUGGAAAACAUGCCUGGUUUUCCAGAUAACAUUCGACCAAGCAGCUCUGGAGGUUACUGGGUUGCCAUGUCAACUGUUCGACACAAUCCUGGGUUUUCUAUGAUGGAUUUCUUAUCAGAAAAACCAUGGAUUAAAAGAUUAAUUUUUAAGCUCAUUUUACAAUUGAGGAACUGAGGCAAACAGGGUUAAGUGAAUUCCCGAGGGCCACACAGCUAGUAUGUGUCUGAGAUCAGAUUUGAACUCAUGAAGAUGAAUCUUCCUGACUUCAGGCCUGGCAUUCUAUCUAUUGUGCCACCAAGCUACAUUUCAAGAAUAUAAAAUAAGCACAAAAUAUCUGUAUGUGACUUUCUAUGAAACUCUUAAUUUUUAUUGAAUUCAAUUGUCAGGCUAUCAAAUUUUAUUAGCUAUGCUAAUUUUUAAUCACAUUUAUAAUAAAGAUUUUCUAAAACUAUUUAUUUACCAUUUAGUUUAAUUCCAGGAAAACUAUUGCUUUGUUUAUGGACCCAAUAUUGGCACUGAAGAUUGAUAUUUCUUUUAGCUGAAGAAACUCAGGAUGAAAAAACUAUAAUAGAAAAAAACACACACAUAAGCUUGGAAUACUGUAGAUAUGGGUUCUAGUUUCAACUUUGCCACUGCCUAGUUCUAUGACUUUGAGCAAGGAAUGUUCAUUUUUGUGCUUCUAUUUUCUUUUCUAAAAAAUAGAGAUAAUAUCUAUGUUUCCUAACUUCCAAGGUUGUGAUCACAGUUAAGAUAAUGUGUGAAAGCACUUUGGAAAACUCAAAUAUUCUGAUUCAGAUGUUAAGUACUAUUUUAGAAUUUAAUGUUCUCCUUUCCUUGUAUUCUUUGAACAUAAUAUGGCUUUCAUUGUAAUUUCAUGGUAUUAUGAAAUAAUGUGAAAUAUUGCAUACAAUGUGUACAUCUAUGAUUUUGUAAAGGAUAAUAGCUCCUUGUAUUUCUUGUGCUGGCCUGAAUAAUAUAUUAUUGCCCACUUUUAAACUACAAUAAGGUGUUUGUUUCUUUGGUAAAAUAGAGCUUAAUGGAAAAUAACCAGUACCCUAUUUUGCACAUGUAUAUAUAGUAAUGUCCACAUUUAAAAUGUAACAUAUAUUUAGUUUUGUUUACUAUUGUUUGUCCUUUCUCAAAGAAGACCAUGACAUCAAGGAAAUGAUGCUAUGACAAUCAAAUGAAUUGGAUUUAAAUGAGGGUGGGUUGUACAAAGUCAUCAGUUUCACUUUCCCUUCUAGAGCCAUCUGGGUUCAUUGGCAAAAUAUAGAUCAGGAUGACUGGAGAUUUGCUUAUAUUGGAAUAAUUUUUAUGGGAUUAUAACUUAAGUGGUUAUAAAAUACUAUUUGAAAAAAAAAGGAUACCCACUGGAAAAUGGUUACUUUUUUAUUUUAACUUUUUUUUUUAUUAAAGCUUUUUAUUUUUCAAAACAUAUGCAUGGAUAAUUCUGCAACAUUAGUCCUUGCAAAACCUUGUGUUCCAGUUUUUACCCCCUUCCCUAACCCCUUCGCCUAGAUGGCAAGUAAUCCAAUAUAUGUUAAACAUGGUAGAAAUAUAUUUAACUUUAUUUUUUUUAAAAAGAGAUAUUUCUGGCUCUUAAGCUCCUGAGAAGCAGUGUGCCAACAAUUAUUUAUUGAGAAUGCCUGGGCUAGGCACUGUAUCUUGUAUUCUUCAGCAAUAGCACCCAGUACAGAUAAUCAAUAAACUUUGCUUGUAUUCAUUCUCUACUUUCCUAAUAUUUGCUUUAGGAACAGGUGUUGUGGGCCAAAAGAAACCUUUCAUUUUAUUUUAAAGUUGCAGAACACCCGUAUGCUAAAAAGCAGUUGCCACUAAAAUAAUUUAUAGUGAACUAUGGCCAAAGGUCCAUCACUUCAUUACAAGUCUUGUGUGGAGUUUCUCCCAACUUAGCAUGCCUUCUCUGAUUUUAAAGCAGAAAUGGAUAAAAAUUUUACAUUUUAUACUUUGUUUAUACUUUUAUGCUUAUUAAUACAGUUUUAGCAUGUAUUAAUAGUUAUGCUGUUCUCAUUCAUAUAUGUUGCCAUAGGACAUUGUAAACUAAUAAUAUCUGAUUAUUUUUAGAUCCAAAUUGGUAAGUUAUUAUUUUAUUUUUUUUUUUUGCUAUAUUUUGACUGGUUGGGAGGUACCUUAUGCACCAACACAAUUAGAGUUUGGUUAUUGAGAACCUAUUAUGUGAAAUAAACCUUAGUUUCAAUCAGAAACUAAAGUCUUCUGCUAUGUUUCCU